AAGAAGAGAAUGUACUUAUAUACUUGUUAUUACGUAGUAUAUAAAAUAGACUAUUUAUUUAAAUUAUUAACUCUCAUGACUUAAGUCAUCUUUCAUUUUUAAUUAAUCGAUAAAAAAAAAUUUUGGAGUCACUAAAACAAGUAGUUACUGCUUACGGCUUUAAAAGUAUGUGGGGAUUUUCAUAAAAUUUAUAAUUGAUCAACACAUGCGUACUAUUGACAGUAGGAUUUGGUAUUAAAUGUUUAUACAAAAGCUGUCAUGUAAAAGGAUGAAUAAGACCGCACACUUUAGUGUUAUAUUUAGAUAAAAUAGUCAAUAUGUAGAAGUGACUAUUAGAUAUUAGAUUUAUUUCUAAAUUUUAAAAGGUGAUUAUUUAUAUGUUAUCAAUAAAAUGAGUGAAGCUAAAAAUAUUAGUGAUGACGAUGGUGAGGAUACUGUGAGAAAAUAAAUUUUAAAAGGUAUUAUCGAUAUGAUAAUUGGAAUAUAUAUUGAUAUUUUUAUAAAUUCAAUAAAAAAGGUAAUUAAAAUGAGGAAAAAAAUAAUAAUUAGUAGUGGAUGUGGUAUUUUAUUAUUUAUAUUUGUACUAAGCUGUAAUAAUGAAUUAAUUGCGAGAUUUAAUCCACCAAUUGAAGAUAUUUCGUGUUAUAGUGAACCAUCAAAUUUUAAUUCGAUUGAAACUUUUGACAUGAAAGUAGAUGGAGACAGGCUGCUUCGUGGUAAAAAUAUAUUUUUUCACGAGACAUCAUGCUUCGAUGACGGAAUAGUUUUAAAUGCACGUCAAUCUUGCGCUGUUGAAUCAGCCGCGAAAAUGAAUCCUGGAACAAAUAUUUAUUUACUGGUUUUAAGUAACAUGAACUUUUCUAAUGCUACUAAGAAUAUUAUCAAACAUUUAAUGAGCUAUAAAAAUAUUCACAUCAGAAGGAUAUUUAUGGAAAAAUAUGUUAAAAAUACUCCUAUUGAAGAGUGGUGGGCAAGUAAUGUCCUUAAAUCUAGUCGAUGGCCACGAAGUCAUAUGUCUGAUAUACUCAGGUACCUGACGCUUUGGAAAUUUCCGGGGAUUUAUCUUGACCUCGAUGUUGUUGUUAAAUCCUCAUUAGAAAAACUUACGGAUUUUACGGGUGCAGAAAGUUGGGAUGACGUUGCUGCAGGUGUAAUAGGAUUUGGACCAUCACAUCUUGGUCGACAAAUAGCUGAUGCAUGUUUACGGGAUUUAAAAAAAAAUUUCCGCGGUGAUAUUUGGGGUAACAAUGGACCUGGUGUUAUUACCAGGACGCUUCAAAAAAUAUGCGCUACAAAAUAUGCACGUGAUAUGACAAGUAAACGCUGUCACGGAUUCACGGUUUAUCCACCUUCAGCAUUUUAUCCAAUUCACUAUAAGAUGUGGAAGCAGUACUUUGAGUCUAAAAAUAAAACUCAAGUACUAAAGGUAAUUGAAAAUGCAUAUGCAAUUCAUGUCUGGAAUAAACUAAGUCAUUCUGAAAUAAUCAAUGUUGGAAGUGAUGUACCUUAUGCUACUAUAGCUAGCCAAUAUUGUCCUCAAGUUUAUAAUAAUUGUGGUAAAGUAUUUUGAUAUUAUUUUUCAAACUGAACCAAUUAAAUUAAUAAA